CUUACUCGCCUUUGUGAAUUGGACAGACUUCCAUCCCUGCGAGAUGGCUUGCUACGACCUGUGCUCCACUGCUGUUGGUGGCAUCACCCGUCCCCAGCCCCUCGCUGACAGCGGGAAUGAGCCGUGUGUCCGUCAGUGCCCCGACUCCACGACUGUGAUCCAGCCGCCCCCAGUCGUCGUCACCUUCCCCGGCCCCAUCCUCAGCUCCUUCCCUCAGGAAUCUGUUGUGGGAUCCUCUGGAGCACCCGUCCUUGGGGGCUAUGGGGGUUACGGCUCCCUGGGCUAUAGGGGCUCCGGCUCCCUUGGCUACGGGGGCUUGUAUGGCUAUGGGGGCUAUGGCUCCCUGGGCUUUGGGGGUCUGUAUGGCUAUGGGGGAUCCUCCCUGGGCUAUGGGGGUCUGUAUGGAUAUGGGGGUUCCUCCUUGGGUUACAGAGGUCUCUAUGGCUAUGGUAGACCCUACAGCUAUGGCUAUUGCAGCCCUUACUCUUAUCGGUACAGCAGGUACAGCCGUGGCAGCUGCGGGCCCUGCUAAAUCCUACAGAAAUAUCCCAAGUGAGGUAUAACUGAUAAAUGAGAUGUGAUUGUUCCACAGCUAAAGAGGUCUGGACCUCCACUGCAGUGUUCCAAGACCACAGAGCUGUACUACUUCAGCCCCUUCUGAACUUCUCUUCUUCGCUUCUACUUUCAGUUUAUGCCUUAAUCUUUCGCCUGUCACAUUUCCGUAUUGCCUGGGCUAAACUUGUAACAAAGUUGUUCAAAACAAUUCCUGUUUGUUCAAAUUAACAGUUAAGACUCAGGAAGGAGGAAAAAAAAAAAAAAAAAAAAAAAAAAUCAAUCAUAUGCGAAUGUAUCCCUGACUGGAGAACAGUUUCAUACUUCUUGGAGACUUGGAAAAUGUAUUCCUUUCUCACUACCAUUAAA